AUGGACGAGGACGUAGAGCUGAAGGCGGAAAUUAACGUGAAGCGAGAGAUGGUUGGGGCGAUAAUUGGGCGUGGGGGCAGCACGGUCACCCGCAUUCGCUCGAAUUCAGGGGCGCACGUGCACAUUCGGGAGGCGUCGAUGGGAGAAAAUGAGCAGACGGUAGAACUGAGAGGAAACAGGCGCCAGGUGCGCCUUGCAGCAGAUGAAGUCAAAGAUGUUUUGAUGAAGGAGGAUGAAGAGUAUGGCAGAGACAAUGGCGACAUAGCAAAUGCGAGCAUCGUUGCCUGUAUCCCACCAGAGAUGGUUGGAUGCCUGAUUGGCAAGGGAGGCCAGAAUGUGAAAAAUAUUAGGGCAACAACGGGGGCCCAAGUCAGGGUGGACUCUCUGCAGGAGGGUGAAAAUGUGCAGGCUGUGAACAUCUAUGGUUCCAUUGAUCAAGUGGUCGAUGCUUUUCAGAAGGUUUCAGAGAUUCUCAGAGGUUUCGACCCCAGAAAGUCAAGGCUGCUGAGGAAUGCAGGCAGUCAGGGUGGUCCGGUGGGUGCCACUGAACUUUUGGGUGGCGCUAGUGGGACGCCCUCGAUGCCUGCCAACACCAACCUCAUGGGUGUGAGCCUUGGAGGGGGCGUUGUAGGGGCAGGGGGAGUGCUGACAGGCCUGGGAGACGUUGGUGCAGUCACUGCUGGCAUGGUGCAACCUGCGGGCAAUUCUGCGCAACAAGCCUUUGUCAUUCAAACCCCUACAGGUGGUGCGACACCGACCAUAUUGGUCCUCCAGCCUGAUGGAACUUUUGUUCCCGCUCCUGUCAUCUAUCAGACGCUCCCCACAGCCCAGAAUGGUGCCGGAGUUGGCAACAUUGUGCAACCAGAUAUUGGUGCUGUCAAUGCCACUGGCCUUCCUCCAUUUGGUACCCCUGGUGCAGUCCCGGGCAUGCCAACAGGCACAGGCACACUUCCUUGA